UGCCUGAGCUGAGAUGUCACAUAUUAGGAGAAAGGUGGAGAGGAAGCAAGUCUUUGCAAGAAGUUGAGAACUUGGGUGGAGCUUUAGGAGAAAGAAGACACACACAGAGAUCUCUCUGUAUAAGUCCCACAUGAGGCCCAGAAAGCUUCACCCCUGUGCUUCCUGGGCUCCCCAUCUCCCAGCCCGCUUCCAUGUCAGCAUCCUGAGCAUCCCAGGCCUUCUGACCACAGGCAGGAGAUUGUAGCCAUUAGGAUGAGCUGGGAAGGAGGACUCACCAGGAAAUCAGCCUCUCUUUGUGGCCUCCUUAUUGAUGAAUCAGGGAAGAUGUGGAUCUGUGACAUCCUUCCCAGUUUUAUUCAUUGUGUGGCACAGGAUGUCCCAGUGCUGCUUGGGUGCUUUGCUCAUGCCAAGGAUGCCAUAGGUUUUGGUGUGGGAAAACUCGUUCUUUUCAAGGAUGUUCAUGGGGCCAGCAUCUGUCUUAGUUUCAAAUCCAACUCUGCCACCUUCCCUGCCUGACACUGUACCUCACCUGCCUGCCUUCGCAUUGGGAUGGGCAAGUCACCACUUGCUUCCCACUGAGAUUCCCUGGGGAACCGAACAGCUUCUUUCACCAUGUGAGCUCCAUCUCCUACUCACACAGUCCAUCCAGGAGUUCUAAGUGAGUAAGAAGCAGAUUCCCCCCGGACUCCCACAACUGUUGCUAGCAGGGGGUAAGAGCAUCUCGCUGGGGAUUGCCUUUGGUCUUCUGCUUCAGGCUGCACUGUGUGUCCUAGCAAGACACCCAGCCUUGACUUAGUUGCAUGCAACAGAGGCUCCACCGUGCUGUAACAGAAGCUGCUUCAGUGGUUCAUUACCCUCUCAUGCCACAUCGCCCAUGGAUCUGGGAGGCUUUUGUAAGCCCUGGCACCUUUGGGAGGUGUUGCACAGCUCGGGGCUCCCAGGCACGCUCCUCUUCAUGGAAUUAACACAAUAAAUGGUUCAAAUUCCCAAAGAGCCAGUCCCUGGAGCAGAUCUGGUAUCACAGCAAUGUGAUCCCUACUCUUCAGGGACAUCUUGGAUCUUGGUCUGACCCUGCCUUGCGAUGCUGCUGAAUGUGUUGUCUCCCUUGUUUCAACAGGAAGAACUGAUGAAAUAAUAAGCUGUUACGUUUCAGAAAGCACCAUAUUUCGUCUUUUCCCAACUCUAAAUUUAGGGGAAAAGGGUUGAUUUGGGGGAAAUGUUUUACUGCUGCCAAUUUUCUUGACAUCCUGAAUGGGAUUCAGGAGGAAAAUGCUUGUAAAGCAGUCACCCAAAAGUGUCCUAUUCAUGCAACGCUUGAACUCAGUAGCAAAAUAAACUCACUAGAAGAGGUGUGACUUGAGAAUAAAAUCCUUUUGGAUAAUAAGCGGGGAACUGGGGUGAAGCUGAAGAGCGGCUUCAAUCGAAACCCUGAGAAACGGAGGCAGCAGCAUCUUGCCCCGUGCUUUUUGGUGAAAACUGGGGUUUAGCCAGCUCUGCGAGGGCUGGACGGAUCAGUCCCUCCCCUGGGAAAAACAGGGUUGGGAUUGGGGUGUGUGCGCGUGCGCCGGGAACCUGCCUAGGGGCACACUGAUGAUUUCAGGCUGCAUUGCUACCCGCUCUUCCAGCUCACGCUUCCCUGCCCUCCCUCUCUGCCCCUGCCCAUUUGGGUGCACAGAUAUAAACCCUCCAGCCAAUAUGUUUCCUUUGGGGGACCGGCAGGUUUGCCUGGAGGGUGCGCAUGGCUCUUGUCUCAUCCCAAGGCUUUCCUUAGGGACGGAGCGAGGGUAUAUUCCUGUGGCUGCUCUGGGUGAGCUCACACCGUGGGCACUCCUUCAGUGCUAGAGUGGCAAGGCAGGUUGCUGCUCCAGCUUUGCUAGAGACCUUGGAGCUCCCGACGCUUUGCCUCACCGUGUGGAAGCAGUGCUGGUCCAUCCCAAGGGAACACAGGUGGCCCAGCGAUGCCGAGCAUAUUCUCCUACCAGAGUGCUGAAGUCGACUGGUGUGAAGGCAACUUUGAGCGCUCGCAGAUCAUUGCCGAGUACUACAACACCAUCAGCAAUGUAAGCUUCUUCAUCCUUUCUCCUGUCCUGCUCUACCUGAACCGGCAGUACCGUCAGCAGCGUGCCUUGCCCUUGUAUUUCGUCUCUGGCCUGCUCUUGUGUGUAGGAGUCUUCUCCACGUACUUUCACAUGACCCUGAGCUACGUGGGACAACUCUUGGAUGAGCUCUCCAUCCUCUGGACGCUGGCUGUGUCAUACGCCAUUUGGUACCCGAGGGUUUACUUCCCCAGGUGCAUCAAGAGCAGGAAGCAUUUCUUCUGGUUGAGUGGCAUCACCACCGUGAUCAGUACCUUCAUGUCCUUCAUCAAACCAGCCUUCAAUGCCUACGCACUCAACUGCAUCGCCUUCCACCUGCUGUACCUGACACGGCGUGAGCUGAAAAAGUGCAAUGACAAAAGGGUUCACCAGAUGGCCAAGGUCAUGGUCAUGUGGUGGGUACUGGCCAUCGGCAGCUGGAUCAGCGACCGGUGGCUCUGUGGGCUCUGGCAGGCCAUCAACUUCCCCUACUUCCACAGCUUCUGGCAUGUGCUGAUAGCCAUGUCCCUCCUAUACUGCUGCCCACUGGUCAUCUAUUUUGACGUCAACUACGAGAUGCCAAAGUUCAAGCCAAAGAUAGGAUAUUGGCCCAGCGACUCUUCGCCUGUCGUGGUGCCUUACAUUAUCCUGGAGGAAGCCCACAAGCAGUGCUAGAGCUUGUGGCAUCCCUCAGGCAUUCCUCGGGCAUGGGGUGAGUGAUGCACACAUGUGCAUCUGCAUGGGGAACACCUCGGCUCUGUGCCUGCUCCUCGGCCAAGGGCAAUGUGGCUAACGAUGGGGCAGGGAGCUGCUGAGACCUCGUGGUGCCAGGCGUGGAGCAGGAGGGGAGCCCAUGGAUGCCUUGGAAGACUCUGCCCAGGCUGGCUCCAGGGAACCAGAGAUCUCCUCCUCCAACAGAUCCCCACUGAGAAGGGGAGGGAGAUGGUGCUUCUGUGUCUUCUGCAUUAGUCAAGCGGUGGCACCCUUUGCUGACAAGGGCAGAGUGGAGAACACAG